AGAAAGAAGGAAAGCGACAAUGAAAGAAGAAGGGAGACGAGGAAAAGUGGAAAUUGAAUGGAAGGAUUGGUAUAGCAGAGAAAGAGAGGGAGACAAAAGAAGAAGGUGCGAUGACAGAAGGGUGAAAGAAAGGAGGCAGAAAUGGGAAAGGAUAAAGAUAAAUAAUUCACAAAAUGGCAAAUAUACAAGAUCAAUUCCUGAACAUAGAUUUGAUAAGAAAUUGAUAUGCAUUAAAUAUCCAGGAAAUGUGGUUAAUAUCGAUAGAGCUAUUGAAACAUUGGGUGGCAUUAGUUCCAUUUCUAUGAUUGUAGAUCUUCCUAACAGAAGAUUAGAAUUACGAUUUAGACCUAAUGAUGGUUAUAGCAAGCCUACUUGUGGAGAUAGACAUAGUACAAAUGGUUUCUUACUUAGAGUUAGAAUAAAAAAAAUAAGAUACUUCAAGUUGAGUACUACUUUGGAUUUUAUAAAAUCAAAAUCUAUGAAUAUUAUAAACUUAAACAAUACUUUCUGGUGCACUAGCUUUAGCAGAGAAAAUCUUGACACUUCUUCUUCAUCAAAGAACAAAUACAAUUAUAAAGAUAACAUCAGUAAUCUGGUUAAUCAGGAACAAAAUUGCAAUAUUAGCUCUAUGCAUUAUAAUAGCGAAAAAACAAUACAGAAAAAAUAUGCUGCAGACGAUAUUAACAAUUUACAUGAUAUAUGUAUAGACAAAAAUUCAUCAAAAAGGAAGAAACAUGUAUCAUCUAUUAUUGAUAACAAUAAAUAUGAAAAUUUAUCUCAAGAAACGGAUUACAAAAUACCACAUUUAAAAAUAUUAGGAAGAAUAGAUACUGAAUUCAAAUUUACCAAUUUAUGUGAUUUUCAAUAUAUACCGAUAACACAGAGCAGAUCAAAUCCAAAAAAAUUGGAAUGUAUAUAUAACUUGAUUUAUCCAACAGGGAUUCCGCUUUAUUCUUGGUUAAAAAAUGAUGUACCAUAUUUUUUACCACCAGCUGUCUUCAGCAGAAUGGAUACUGUACAGCAAUAUAUACCAAAAACUGAAAUAGAUUCGAGUCCAGAGAAUGUCGGCAAAAUUAAAAAAUGUCAUGCAGGUUUUCCCAAUUAUAUAUAUUUUUCUACAUCGGAAGUACCCACCGUACCACCAAAGGGCAUUGAAACAGCUAUGAAAGUAAAAUUACUUCAAAACACACAUCUAGAACAAGUGCGUCAACUUUUUAAAGAGCGUCCAAUCUGGUCGAAAAAUGCUAUUAUGUAUAAAACACAAUUUACAUCGGAACAAUUGAAGAUAUUAUUACCAUCAGUAGCAUAUUAUUUUAUGACUGGACCAUGGAGAAUAAUGUGGAUAAAAUUGGGCUAUGAUCCAAGACAGGAUAUUAAUGCAAGAAAAUAUCAGACAUUAGAUUAUAGAUUAAAAGCUAUGCAUGGAUUAGGUUCAACUGUCAGAUGUAAAAGAAAUUAUUCAAAUUAUACAUUACCAUAUAAAUCAGCACCUGUUUCUAAACAAAAACCUGCAAUACUUACUGCUACAUCGAGUCAAAAACAAAAUCUGAAAAAAGAGCGACAUUUACAUGAAAAUGUAUAUAUAUAUCGGGAAGGUAUGGUACCUCCUUCUCGGCAAAUGUUUUAUCAGUAUUGUGAUGUCUUGGUAGGAGAAAUACAGGAAAUGUUAGCAAAGCUUCCUGAUCCUUUACCUGGUAUUAGGUGUCAUGAAAAGAGAGGAUGGCUACCAACUGGUUUUGAUGUACAGUGCAGAGAAAUUUUAAAUAAACAAGUACGAGCUGUCUUAAGGAAAAGGAUGAAUAUUCCCGAGGAUCAUCCUACAUCACUUCCACGAAAACGAAAACAUGGCAUUAAAUUAAAAUAUAAUAAAAUGAUUAAUAAAAGAACGAAACAGAGUACAAAAAAUUCUACAGAAAUUUAGACGUAGAAGAUUUAAAUCGUCAGUAAUUUGACGUGAAUAAUAAUGAAGAUUAUAGACGAGAUACAAGUAAUCAAAA